AUGGUGACGCACAUCCUCGGCCUGCGACUGCAUGGCACGACGCUCAUCCUCCCGGCUGGGCGGCGCCGUGCUGCACUAUCCUCGCUCACACGCGUGCAGUCCGCCUCGGCCGGUGUGCUGGGCGCGUUCGGCGUAGUGCAUCUCUCAGCACCGUUGGUGGGGCUGCUGUACGGGGUAACGGGGGAUAUGAAUGAUCGCGUGGAUGCAGCUUCGCGGUGGAUGCUUUUGGGUCGCGUGGCGUACCAGAGCGCAGUGGGCGAGGCGGUCGUAUGGGCCGCCCUGGGGGUGCAUUUGGCUGCGGGCCUGGCCAAGAGGUUGAUCACUCGGUUCACUGUUGCGAGCCCUGCUGCGGGGGAGACGGAGGUAGCGAGCAGCAAGGCAAAGCUGACAUGGGCGCAGAGCUCCGGCUGGCUGCUGGCACCGUUCGCCCUACACCACGCAAUCGUCAAUCGCGUCCUACCGGCUUCGGGCACCGCGCCCAUCUCGAGCCUUUCGCCCUCGGAACUCGACUACUCGUUCGUAGCGCACUCGCUGUCCCACCCGAACCUACCUGUGCGCGCGGCUAUGGGAGCGGCUUAUACCCUGCUCAGCGCCGCAUUCGCCGUCCACGUGGCCUACGCCGUCCCUGCACUGCUCCGCUCACUCCCACUGCGGAAGUCUUCGUCGACACAAGGCACGCGCAUGCGGAAGCGGCGGUCCAAGGCCCAAGUGGCUGCGUCGUUGGCUGUCGUCCUGCUGGCUAGUGUCGCGUCGAUGGUUCCGCUGGCAAAUGACGGGUUGCUGAUCUCUGGCACACUCAGGAAGCGGUACGACGCCGUGCUGGGCUUAGCGUGGCCCACACGCUUCUUCCUGCACUCGCGCUGA